AUUAAAUCUCCGCAAUUCUUCUAAACCAAUUUAGAAAGUUGUCAUUGGCCAAUUAUCUAGUUCGCUAUAAGUGUUCGAGGUAAUAAAAAACUGGCUUUUGCGGACUGGUUUUGCGUAAGGGCAAGAUAGCUUGUUUUCAACUGACGCAGUUGUUCUGAAAACUAAUUAAACAUUUAUCGUCAAAUUGUUUUGGCAUUGCCUUUUUCAAAUUUAGUAGAAAUACCGGGCUAACCGAUAUUACCUUUUUUUCUAACUGUUAAAAACAUGGUCUAAUUAACUAAUAUCCCUACAUUCCCCGUGCUUGUUUAAGCGUCUUUGCACUAAAUGUUUUAUUACGUUUGAUCCGUCUUUAGUAAAUAAGUGGUUUUCAUUCUUAGGAAGGAGUAGUUAGUAUACAAUAAUAUAGAAUUAGAAUUAGCAACAAGUAUUGGAACGACCAAAGCAGUUUGAAAAAUGCCUGAUUGCGAAAGUCGUAUAUGACGGGAAAGUAAUAGCUGUAAGAAUUUGAGACUCUUGUAGGAAGAAAAAUGGUAACUUCCGCUUUGUCAUCGUUUUUAUGCUGGGAUUUAUAUAGCCCUAGUAAGCCUAAUCUUUCAGAAAUAUCUCCAUUAUAAGAGAACUCUUUUUCAUGGAUAUUUAAAUACAUUUAAUUAGGUUGGUUGAGCUAAGUUUUGAUUCCUAUACCUAACUGACACAAUAUAAAGAUAAACACGCGGAAAAUCAUCUCCUGGGAUUCGAGUUAUGUGAACCAAUGCUCGUCCACUGACAUUCUUACUGCUGGCACAUUGAAGAAAAGCCUAGGUUUUCUCGUGACAAAUUGGUCCCAUUGCACACCAGGGAACCAAUCUUUCUGUUAGUGAAUUGUAUUAGCAAAGUGUGAACUGCAGAUAACAUAACGCUGAGGUUAUUUGAUUUUUCUUUAGGCCAUACUUGACUGAAGAACAGCGUAAGAUGAAGUAAACAAAGAUCUAUGAAAGUCAGCAAGCGAGCUAUAAGCAAUAAAAAUGCAAGUAGGCAGAUUUUGGUUUUCCAGACGUCAUAUCAAUAUUUGCAUAUGCUUCUUUCACUUUAGCUGAAUUCCACGCAAUAGGAAGCGAUUGCUAUAUACAAUGUAACAGAUAUGGCGCUUAGAUUAUUAUAAACAGAUACGUUGGUUACUCAUAACGCCAUGCAUGAUCGAAUCGAUGCAUAAUGUAAAGUGUUUGGCAUAGAUUCAAAUGAAAUGACUGGCAUACGGGCAAUCGCAUUCCACUUUCUAGGUCGAGCUGUUGAAACAACAGUAAAUAUUGUUGAUUUUCUGUGUAACUAGAAUACUAGAUCAUGCAAUUAUUAAACUGAAGGUGGUCUCUGAAUAAAACCAUACUCAUGUUUAACAACGUCAAAUUGAUCUAGCGACAAUUGUAUUGUAUGUUUUUGAAUACGAAGGUCCAUAAAAUGCUUAUUCAUUUGAUAUUUGUUUCUAAAUGUGUUAUGAGAUCUCGUUAUUCCCGGAAGGAUACCAAUACUCUACUCGAUAUGAUAUAUACUAUUAAUCGUUAUUUUCACCUAGGUAUUUUAUAAUGGUAAUUGUUCCGUAUGUGUGUUACGGCAGUUCUGUCUCUCUAUACUGUUGGAUUUAGUCUUGUCCAGGUUUUGUAUGUUUUGCCAAUCUUCCGAAGGCAAAAAUUUAUAGCAAUAUGUAAACAGGUUCCAAAUACAAAUUUCUCUAAAGAUCGCUGAGCGGUAAAGAUCCCUGUGAAUGGUUAUCGAUUUUAAUUGCUUUGAGAAAACGUUCUUCCAAAAAGCACCUAGAGUAUGAAUAAUGUUUCGAACGUUCCUUUACCUUGGGGGUUUAGAUCAGAAUCCAAUGUACACGUGAAAGAUCGAAAUAAUAUAUCCAGUUAUUCAGAAAAUCUGAUCUGCGUUUCAAGUCUUUUGAUUGAGUGAACCUUGUACCUAGGUGAAUCAUUUUUUUCUAUUAUAAUGCGUAAAAAUAAUUUAAUGUAAUUCAUACAAUAAUUCGAUACAUAAAAUAUAUUUGAAAUAUGUAUGUCUACGUAUGCUAGAAAUUAUAUUAUUGUACAGUUUCGUACCUUGUACAGGAGUUGUGAUGCUGAACUCUUGAUUCGUACAUGUAAUGUCGUUCAUACACCAUAAUAGGUUUAGGGUUUAAUUUAAUGUACCGUAGGCAAAUAAUAUCAGAUAAAAGUUUAGAAGAUAGAUAAAUCCAAGCCUGUUUAUUAGCACAAUCCAAAUGUCGAUGCAGUUAUUAUAUUAUAUCAAACGAAACAUUUAUAGUCAAUUUAAUUUUACCCUGUUCCGUUCUUGAUUGUAUUUUAGAGUAGUGCAUUGGUGAAUAUAGGGAACAUAAACAUCAAUUAUUAGUACAUAAUACGUAGUUCAUGCAAGAUUGAUGUCGAAAGAAGACAAUUCAAGGUUGUGCCUGGAAAUAUGCACCGACAAUGAGGAAGAUUGGAAAGAGUUUUUGGGUAUUUGUGCUAUUGCAUUUCAAAGUAGUACACCGUUUAAGCGAUCGCAUCCUGAUCCAGGAAAACGAAAAUUACAUUUGUCAGAAUAUUUCAAAUACGUUUAUGAGACCGAGUUGUCGAAGGGUCGAGCAGGUCUUGUGUGUGUGAAAAAAAUUAGCGAUAACCAACAAAAACCGAAAAUACUUUACGGGUUUUGUAUGCUUUAUAAAGAAUCUCCCAGAAGCCGAGGUGAUAAAACAUGUAUGGAAAACAUUGAUAAAAAGGGAAUGGAAAUCUGUUUGGGGGAGGACGAGUGGUUAGAGAAGAAUAUUCAUUCCAAAAUGAGAGACCUUUCAAAAAUACUGAAUUUCACCGCGGCAUAUGGAUAUUUGCAAGCCAGUGUCAAAGAACACAUGAACAAUGGUGUUGGAAGCAAAUAUAUAUUGGCCUCAGCUGAAAUGCUUGUCCAGGAUGGAAUAAUACGAGGUGUGAUACCAGCUCAUUUACCUAUCGUAGUGUACGGAGUUCUAGAUGACGUUAGAGUCAAAAGAUUUCACAAACAAGCAGGGAGUAUUGAAAUUGCUCACUUACAUUUUGGCGAAGAUGACAAACACAAAUGUCGCAAAAUUAAAUGCAUCGACAAUAACAUGGGAGACAACAGGAAUGAAAUUUUUGACUGUGUUAUCGUUGUGGGUAAAGUUUUGGGACCUCACAAGUUCUCUUUGCCACAGUUGCAAACUGUCUUUAAUUUAAAAUCAAUGCUAUGAUUAUUUGCCAUAAAAAUAUUCUAAUGCUAUAAAAGUUAUUGAAUAUUUCCCCUUUUUAAACUACAUUUCGUGUCAAUCAGUCGAAACUAAUUUGUCUGACAUACUACAUAUGUGUGCAUAGUGUCGUGUUGUCCCAAUAUGUUAAUACCUCGUGGUGAGAAGUCUCAGGCAUUUGUUCUACAACCAAUUUCAACGUCGUUUUAAGGUGUUACAAUUUACGUAGGCUAUGAAGAAUCAGAACAGCAAUACGAAACUAAAAGCCUAUACAGUACCCUAGUUUUUUUCUGUAACAGUGUUAAAAACUAAAGUGUGAAUUGCAUAUAAUAGAAAAUGCUACACAACAGCAAUAAUAUUUAUGCAAUAUUAUGAACUGUUUAUAUUUGAAUAUACCGUUCUCAUUACUUGAUUUUUUUCCAUCUAGAUUUGUUUGUGAAGAAUGAAUCAUUUUUUAAUAAAAAUAUAUCCAUGAUCUUA